UGCAGCAUGGUGAAUCCCCUACAGAUACAAAUGCAAAAUGAAAGUUGUAAUUUGUGGGGGUGGAAUUAUCGGCAAUUGUGUGGCUUAUUACUUGGGUGAAAGCGGUAUAACCGAUAUUACUGUUGUGGAAAGAGACAAACUUGCGAAUGCGGCUUCUGGAAAAGCUGGCGGGUUUUUAGCGCGAGAUUGGUGUUGCGAAUGUAGACAGUUGGAUAUUUUCGCAAAAACAAGUUUUGCUUUGCACCAAGAGCUUGCGACUAAAUUUGACGGUAAAGCAUCUUACGAUUACCGGAGAUUAGAAGCGUUUUCUGCGAGUUACGACGCUGAUUUAAAGAAAUCGGAGACAGAAUUGGAUUCUAAACGCGAACAUUUGAAAUGGUUUAACGGCCCAAACAUAGUUGCCAAAAGUUGCAACAGUAUUGGUACCAACGAAAAUGUAGCGCAAUUACACCCGUAUAAGUUCGUAGACACUAUUGCUGAAUACAAUUUAUCAAGAGGGAUUAAAGUUCUGGAAGAUACUGCUAUUGUUUCAGUUAAAACUGAGAAAGCAAAAGCUGUAGGAGUAGAACUGAGCAACCAAACCGAACUUGAAUGCGACGUUUUAGUUUUAUGUAUGGGGCCGUGGACUGGUGCGGCAAUUGAAUGGUUUGAUAGUUUACCAUCAUGUUAUGGACAGAAGGGACAUUCGAUUGUUAUUUUGCCUAAAACUGAACUGCCAGGUGAGGCUGUAUUUAUGGAACUUGGGGGUCAAUUUUCCCCCGAGAUUUACCCUCGCCCAGACGGUCAAGUCUAUGUUUGUGGGGUAACCGAAAACCCUCUCCCAUCAAAUGAUUUACCUUUACCAGGUACCAUUAAACCGACCGAAAACUCGUGCGAAAAACUUAAAGAUAUCGCAGGUAAAGUGUCGGACAUUUUAUGCGAGGGUGAAGUUCUAACAUCUCAAGCAUGCUACUUACCUCUAACUCAUGAUGGUCUUCCUAUCAUUGGGAAAGUCCCCCAAACUGAGAAUGUAUAUGUAGCUGCAGGACACGGGUGUUGGGGGAUUCUCAAUUCAGCAGCUACAGGCAAAUCACUGGCCCAACUUAUCACUGGUUGCAACGAAGAUGAAAAGAUAAAUAUUGAAGCAUUUAAUCCAGGAAGGUUCAACUGAUAUUUAAUUCACAAACUUAUUUAUUCCUAGCUGAAGCAACUGCUGAGCAAGUUACAUGGAUUCUUUAUAUGAGAUACUUUUUUGCAUGUGUUAUGUGUUUUUAAAAUUUUAGUGAAAUCUAGUGUGACAUUGCCAAAAUGCAGUUAAACUCAUGGUCAUUAAACAUUGGGAACCUCAUUGAUUAAUCAUAUUGUAAUGUACUUUGGCUCCACACCCCUGGUCCAAAAAUUGUUAACUUUCGGCCUGUGCACAACAUUUCAAUUUAUUGCAUUCUGGGUUUAACAUAAUAUACCGCGGGAACCAAAAACUAUAUUACAAUAUACCGGAUAGUAAGAGUAAAACAAUCAGACAUGUCCCAUGGUUUAUAUAGACCUUUAUUUAAAGACCUUGCGCUUUAGAGUAGUUUUGUUUUUGUUAAAACACAAUUUUCACAAACAUGUAAAUAUUAACAGUUUAUUAUUUAAUAUUGUUUUCGUUUUUACAGUUCACUUAAAAAAUCCUCUAACACAAAACUACCAAUAACAAUGUAAAUUAAACAAAACUUAUAAUGAAAUUAACCUCUUAAGUCAAAAGUGCCAAUUUUUUUUAAAUUGUACUUUACCCUGAACAUCAGAACUACUAAGCCUAUACGCGCUGUACCUUAUGCGAUAAUACGGCCUUAAAAAUUGUCCUAAUACAAACUCCAGACUGUUUACUAUAUAUCUAUAUUUAACUUGCAUGAAAUUUUACAGCAUACUUGAACUUGUCUACCUUGAUUUUAUUUGUUCUGCACUAUUGAUGUAUAUUGUGCUGGUUGUUUAAAUUAUCUAGUAUGUUUCUUUAAAAUGAUCUUUGGUUUGUGGUGCCUUUGCAACAGUUCACAAUAAAUUUAAAAUAUC